UUCUUUCCUCAAUUCUUGAGCAUGCAGUUUGUUCGCGUCUUUACGUACAUUGCUUCUUGUCUCUCUGUAGCUCGUGCUUUUAGCGUGACUGUUGGGACUCCCACUCAAUGUGAUCCUCUCAAGAUUUCAUGGACUGGUGGGCAAGCGCCGUUUGAAAUACACUUAACUCCCUCUUUAAAUCCUUAUCAGAACGUAUCUGUACCAGCAUCAGCCUUUAAGAAUGGCGUAGGCUCUUAUUCAAUAUCAGAGUUGUCGUUGGCGUCGGGAACAAAGUUUCUACUCACCAUGUCUGACGCCACCGGAUUUGGUUCGGGUGGGACAACAGAUCAAUUAACUGUUGGGAAUUCUGGAAAAAAUGAUUGCAACAUUCAAGAUUUGCCACCUCCUUACAUGUUCUUCUUGACUCCAACUCCGAGUCCGAUGACGCAAUGCAGUCAAUUUACCAUCUCGGUCAAUAGCAGUGCAGCUGCUGCCAAUGGUGCAGUCCUGCCCAUUACUAUUGCGCAACUUAUUCCUGGCGGACAACCAACCAUAUUCUAUUCCAAUGAAGACACUUUUACGUCAGUUAUCGAUGUUACAGGAGGGACGAGCCUCCUGUAUUUUGUCACCGACUCCAAGGGCAGACAAGGUGGGGUCUCUGGGUUCCAGCAGGUCUUAAAGUCGAGUAAUUUUACGUGCCUAAGCGCCAACUCGCCGUCAUCCACUGCAGGCAUAUCAGCCACAGCCACGUCCACGGCUUUGCCAUCAAGUGGUUCAUCAAGCAAGGUUGCUCUUAUCGCAGGCGCGGUCGGCAGUGCGGUGGUCCUUACUGCAUUGGUCAUCCUCGGCAUGUGCCUGUGGCGUAAACGGAGAGCAUUCCGUAUUCAGCCUUCUAAAAAAACUUAUUUUCAACUGCAGAAUACAGACGAAGUCAGUCUUUACAGUGACGCUCUGCCAUCGCCAUCAUCAUCACCAUAUCCUGUCAGCUACCUUAGUUCAUUUAUUCAACCUGGAUCACAGCCAAUCCCUCACGCAGACUCUGCUGUCUAUGGAGGCAUUCAAAUGUCAGACAUGACACCCGUCGAGCAUAUGGCUGUGAGGGCUCGACUAGCACCACCGUUACCACGGAAGAGAGACCCUGUCCACUUUUCUUCACCCGUUGAACCUGGAUCCCAAUCAAUUUCUACCACUUCCGGCAACGUCACAGUUAGGGAUCCUCCCGCGCUCUUCCAUGUUGAGAGACAAACUUCCCCCGACACAGACAGCUUAGCUAUGCACGGAGCGUCUGGAAGUCAAUCUAUGGCAUCGGCUAGCGCGCAAACAGCCUAUCAACCUCCUAUUCAAAUCAUUGUGCAUACCGACGCUGAUGAUGUCAUGCCAGACCGCAAUGGUUUGGUUGAACUUCCGCCGCAGUAUUCAGAUCAUUGGGAAAACCGUACUUUGGAAUCCAAGUCUGCGUCAUGAUUACGUACCCACAUUCUUGAUUCUUCGGACGUGGGUAUACCUGUAGUGCGUUCGUUUGUGCAUGAUUUUUUUGGUUUGAGUGUCUUGUCUUGAUAAUGAAGUACAUGGGCAUCGUGCUCCUACUUUGAUUUUGUCCCUCUGUGAUAUGUGUCUCAUGAUAUAUCAAUAAUAAUGACGUGUACUUUAGUGAAGCACUGGAACAUUUCCUAGUAGGAUACAAGUAUAUUCGGUCAUUGCUGUACUACAAGAGCAGACUUUCGUACACUAGAUUUUACCUCAAUCACCCGUGCACGUGACGCAUCACGCGUGACUCCUUGCUCUGAGCGUUG